ACACCCAGUAGCCGUUAAAACUUUGCAACUUUUGAAACCUCCCCUUUUCCCUCUCUCUCCUCUCUCUCUUUCUUACUCUGUCUGUUUCAGUGUGUGUCAUCAUUCUCAAAACGCUCACAAAAGUAAAAAUUAAAACAUCAAUUAACACAAUCAAAUCUACAGUUUUCCCAAUUUUGUUGUUUCAAAUUCAACAUUUGACUGCAUUUGGUUUUGGUUGUGAGUUUUGUGGAUGAGCACAGAGAAGAUGAUGUCAAUGACGCCUGACCAGUUUAGGAAAUUGGGUUUAGGUGUAAUCCCAUCACCAUCGCCCUGUCCUUUUCUCACUCCUCGACCGGAACGACAUCGGAUGGAUUAUUCUAGAUUAAGUGAAGCUAAGUCUUCGUCGUCAACCUCGUUUAAUCGACAAGAUAGAGAUCGGGAGGUUAAUGUGCAGGUUAUUCUAAGAUGCAGGCCAUUAAGCGAUGAUGAGCAAAGCAGCAAUUCAUCAAGAGUGGUAACAUGUAAUGAACUCAAAAGAGAAGUGACCAUCUCACAAAGUAUAGCUAAUAAACAAGUAGAUAGACUUUUCACAUUCGAUAAGGUUUUUGGACCAAAAGCACAACAAAGAUCCAUUUAUGAUCAAGCUAUCGCGCCUAUUGUUAAAGAAGUCCUUGAUGGCUAUAAUUGCACAAUAUUUGCUUAUGGUCAAACCGGAACUGGUAAAACUUAUACCAUGGAAGGAGCAAUGAAAUCCAAGGGAAGUGAAGUGUGUGCUGAGGCUGGUGUCAUCCCACGAGCAGUUCGUCAGAUAUUUGACAUACUAGAAGCUCAAAACGCUGACUACAGUAUGAAGGUGUCGUUUUUAGAGCUGUAUAAUGAAGAAAUAACUGAUUUAUUAACUUCUGAAGAUAACUACUACUCAAGAUUCUCAGAUGAUAAGCAAAAGAAAUCUGUCUCUUUGAUGGAAGAUGGUAGGGGUUGUGUGAUCAUCCGAGGCCUUGAAGAGGAAGUUGUAUACACUGCCAACGAUAUAUAUAAUCUAAUGGAGCGAGGAGCUGCUAAAAGGCGAACAGCUGACACAUUACUAAACAAGCGUAGCAGUCGCUCCCAUUCUGUGUUCACCAUAACGGUCCAUGUAAAGGACAUCAGUAUUGGAGAGGAGGAGCUCAUAAAAUGUGGGAAGCUGAAUCUUGUUGAUCUAGCAGGAUCUGAGAAUAUCUCUCGUUCUGGUGUCAGAGAGGGGCGUGCAAGGGAAGCUGGGGAGAUUAACAAGAGCUUACUCACCCUUGGAAGAGUUAUUAACGCGCUAGUGGAACAUUCAGCUCAUAUACCUUACAGGGACAGUAAGCUGACAAGGUUAUUGAGAGACUCACUAGGAGGGAAAACGAAGACUUGUAUCAUAGCAACAAUCUCACCAUCUACUCAUUGUUUGGAAGAAACCCUUAGCACUCUUGAUUAUGCUUAUCGUGCUAAAAAUAUUAAAAACAAACCCGAGGCAAACAAAAAAUUGUCCAAGACAGUUUUGCUCAAAGAUUUAUACAUGGAACUUGAGAGGAUGAAACAAGAUAUUCGGGCAGCACGAGAAAAGAAUGGUGUUUAUAUACCACAAGAAAGAUUCAUCCAUGAUGAAUCAGAAAAGAAGGGAAGAAUUAAUCGGAUAGAGCAGUUGGAGACGGAGCUUGAACUAAGUAGAAGGGAAGUUCAGAAAUACCAGGACCUGUAUCUUUCUGAACAAGAAGAGAAAUUGGAUUUAGAGGUUGAGCUCCUGGACUGCAAGAAAAAUCUGGAGAGCACAAAUAAGGUCCUGCAAGAACUUCAAGAGAAGCAGAAGUUAUCUAUCACUCAGUUACAGGAAAAAGAAUCUAUGAUAUCGAAACUUAUGAACUCAGAAAUUUCUCUCAUUCAACGUGCAAAGGAGCUGUGUUCUAAUUUGGGUAUUGCAUCUGAAGAUAUAGCCGUACUACACAAAAAGAUAGAUGACAAAAACAAAUUGGAAGAUCAAAACCAUGAGCUAGUUUCCAUGUUUGGUACACAGCUUGAUAAGAGCUUAAAAAACCUGAACCAAACCAUCUCAGGAUCAAUUGCGCUGCAGCAGUAUCAACUGCGAUGCAUGGAAGAGCACAUGUGGUCAUUUCUUGCCUGCAAAGAUGAUGCAACAAAGAACUUGGAAUCCAUUGUUGAGAAAAUAGCAGAGGUACAUACUUCAACUAUAACAACUUUGAGGGAGUUUAGUGGAACUCAACAAAGAAAAGCUUCUACAGAUUUGGAGUAUGUAAAUUCCAGCAUAUGUAGUCAAACAGUUGAUAUGAACAAGUUAUUAGAUUCGUUGAUUGUCGAGGCAAAUGAUGUAAUAUGCAACAUCGAGUGUUCCCUUUCUAAGCAAAAGGAGCUUCUGGUUUUCUCUUACCAGCAGCAAGAACAGGGACUACAAAGGACUAUGGAUUCAGCUCAAGAGAUCACCAAAGCAACUCUAGGGUUCUUUGAUGAGAUCUGCAGGCAUGCGUCUGAACUCACAAAUAAUCUUGAAGAAAGCCAAACCAGAAAUCAUAACUAUCUCAAAAAGUUUGAGAAAGUGUUUGAGGAACAAUCUGUGAAAGAAGAGCAGCAGGCCAUUGAAAAAAUUGUUUCUGCACUGGGAACACUAAGAACAAACAAAGCAGCUUUGGUUACGCAGGCGUUGAGGAACAUUAAUGAAACUGGACUAAAAGACUAUGUGGCAUGCCAGAAAAACCUGUCCAAAAUUCAGCAGGCUUCUACAGCUGCAAAGAAUACCUUGAAUGGACAUAUGGAAAAUGUUGAAGGGAAUGUCUUGACUGACGUGUACUUGCUAACGGGGAUUAAUGGAUCUAUGAAGGAACAUAUCGAGCAAUGCUCACGCCAGGUUAAUAACUCAAGAGAGCACUGGAAAAGAGCUGCACAUUCAGUCAAAAAACUCAACGAUGAUGGAACAUUAAGAAUACAAUCUACCAUCAACAAAAGAAACUGUGAAAAUGAAACAGCACAGAGUCAAUGUAUCACAACAUCAUCGGUGAAGAAUGCUGAAUUUGAUGCUAUUGUGUCAAGUCUGCUUUUCAAACUUAAGGAUACCUAUAUGUUAGACAGCGAAACAAAGGAAAAGAUGAAUUCCUUAUCAAAUCAGUGCCUCAAUCAGCUUGAAUCUAUGCACACUGAGCACGAUAAAAGUCUCACAACCAUUCAGAAUCAAAUGGAAGUGUGCCUUAUUAAGGACUACAAGGUAGGUGAGCAGGAAGCACACGAGCAAAGAGUUGUGGAAGUGCCGAGUUUGACUCCUGCAACAGUCAAUCUACAUGCAGGCAUCAGUGCUGGUGAAAGAUCAGAACCUGUACAGGUCGAAACCAAGACAUUGCCACCACAUCAUCAGAUUACAGAUUGGAUGAACAGGGCUCCCUUUGCAAAUAUUAACUAAGAUGUUCUGUAUCAACUUCUGUAGACAGGGGGAAAAUAACACCAGAUUGAAGUUGUAAUUGACCUCUCUUAAUUACUAAACAGUCUCAUCUUCUGAUGAGUUAUAAGCUUACUAAAGUAAAUGGGAGACUUAGCCUAAUAUAGGUGUUGUUAUAUAUUUUUAUUGUAAAGUUUAGGAACUGUUGCACAUAACCUAAGUGUAAUGCCCAUUUACUACUCACUAAUCAAAACCUACACUAAGUAAUUCUUGUUUGGGUAUGUACAACUACGUAUUUUUUAAACCCAAA